AUGUUUGAGAUGAAGAGAGCAAUUGACGCCUUAGUUGUUUUAGCAGGUCAAAUUUCAAUGUAUAACGCAAAAAUGAACCCGCAAUGUUCAAAAUGUAAGGCAGCGAUGAGGAAAUAUAACUACUCCGUCAAAGAGAUAGAAAGAAUGAGAAACGACUAUGCAGAUUUAAAGAAAGAAGUAGAAAAGCCAGCAGAAGAUAAAAUGGACAUGUUAGCAUUUCUGAACAAAAAUUAUCCAACUGCUGACGAUUUCCUUCUAUCUGACGUCAAGAAGAAAUAUAAAGAAACCUUCGGCAUUGUUAAAACAUUCGAUGUACUAAAAGAAGAAAUAGAAGCUACAAAACUGUUUAAAGUCAUGAACCAUCGCAACAUAUACCAUGUAAAACGCUUGUAA